AUGGGACAUGUCCCAGUAUACAGGUUCAAAAUGUUAUUUAUAGGUAAACCAGAUUCAGAAGAUCGAUAUCCCAGGAAUUUAACAUCAAUUAGUAAUAUCAAAUAUGGAAUUUCAGCUGGUAAACCGGGUUCAGAGAUGGAACUUGGUGAGAAUUAG